AUGUUCUAUCAAAAAGAUUAUUCACAUGUUAUUAUAUUGCAACCAUUAAUAAAUCAUUUAUAUCCAAGUAAUUUUUCAUCAAUAUAUAAAAAUAUUGUAUUAUUAUCAUGUUCAUCAGAUUCAUAUACUAUUUUAUAUUGUUAUUAUUUACCAUAUGUUGCAUUAGCAUGGCGUCGUAUUGGUUUCGAACCGUUUAUAUUUUUUGUUGGUUCUAAUAAAAUAUUUGAAAAAAUGCCAUUAAUUAAUUUAUUAAAAAAUGAUUUAAAUAUUAAAUAUUGUUUUAUAAAUGUUGAUUCAUCACGUUCAAUAUCAACAAGUCAAAUCAUACGUUUAUUUGGUGGUUUUAUUUCAUAUGAAUAUAAUACUAGUAAAGAUUUAUUUAUUUUAGUAGCUGAUGCUGAUUUAUUACCAAUUAGUAGACAUCGUUUUGAAAUCGAUACAAAUCGUUCAAAUUAUAUUCUUGCUGUUAAUGCAUAUUGCUGUUCAAAUGAAAUACUUUCAUAUGGAAAGUAUCAGAAUAUCCAUUAUUACCCAAUGUCAUAUGUUGGAAUGAAAAAAUAUUUAUGGAAAAAAAUUUUUUUUCCCUUACAUCAUUGUCAUAUGUCAUCGAGUAUAACGAUCGAUAUGAUUGAAUGUUGUUUAAAAGAAAAAAUGAAUGUAACUAUACCAAAAAAUGUUAUUAAAGGUACUAAAUACUGGGAUAUUGAUCAAAAAUUACUCAGUUUAUCAAUAGCUCAAGCCGAAGAUUUGUAUGACACAUAUGUUGAUAAACGUGAAUUAGGGAAUCGUUUAGAUUCUAAUGAAAAUUUUCUUUCAUCUGAAUUCGAUUCAAUACAUCUGUAUGAUGAUAUUCAUUUACCUAAAAAAAAUGAGCAUGCUGUAUUUAAUAAUCAAACAUGGCUUGUAUUAAGUAAAAUAUUUUCAUAUUUAUUUCAAAAUGAAACUAUUGAAUUAUUUUUACGUUAUCAUUAUCAAACAGUUGCUAGUAUUCUUGAAGCUUCAAUUGCAACUAGAGGUCUUGAACAACCAACAGUUAAUAAUCUAUUAAUGAAAACAAGGCUUAAAUCAUCUCCAAAUGAAUCAAGUAAUGCUGUAGAAUUAUAUACACCAUUCGCUGCAUUUCCAUCAAAUCAAAUAGUAAAUCCAUUAUUAGCACACACAACUGUUCCAAUAUCUUCAGUUGUUAGUUCAUCACCAAUUGUAUCAUCAACAUUUGGUAUAUCAACAUUAUCAACAAAUUCUUCAUCACAAGCAACACCAAUUGCUAUUUUUACUGCCAAUCCAUCAGAUCAUAUUGUUAUGAGUUAUUUAAUAUUCAACAAAAAGCAAAAUUCAAAUCAACAACUAAAUAAUACCAAUGUUAUUGAUGCAAUAUCUACUGAUAAUGGGGAAAAUUCAACAAAUAUUCCAUCACUGAUAAAUACAUUUAAUCCAUCAACAACUCCAUUACUUGGUCAAGUUACUGAUAAAGAAUAUUGUCAAGCUGAAAAAAGAUAA